GAAUCACCCAAUUAGCAUUAGCGAAUCUUGGCAUAUGUAGCCAGCAGCAGAUGACAGGCCCCCGGGGACCACUCCGGCUUUUUCCAGAGUAUCCACGUAAGACAAGGGUGGGGGGGCGGUUGACGAAAACUAGAUUUCAAACACUUUCGUCAACCCCCUACUCAUGUUGCCUGCGCCAUGGAGAUAGUCACCAUGUCUGGGCCAGCUGUGCUACUUCUCUGUGGCCUUUUGGCCCUCUAUGUCCUCAGGACAAUCAGCACGUAUGCCAGAUUGCGCCAGUUCCGGGGCCCCACGUGGACUGGUAUCUCGAACUGGCCACAUAGCAUAGCCAUGCUUCGUGGCAACUGCCACGAGUGGUAUGCAGAGGUCAAUAGGAAAUAUGGUCCGAUCGCCCGUGUCGCGCCUCGGGUGCUGAUCACAUCUUCUCCAGAAGUUUGGAUGCAUGUAAAUAACAAGCCCGAUUAUAAGCGCUCGGACUGGUACUACCGAGCCGCGCGGAUUGAGUAUCGGAGAGACAACGUCUUCAGCCAGACCGAUAACGCGAAACAUGACCAGCGCAGAAAGCAGAUGGCUCCAGGGUAUUCGGGAAGGGAGAAUCUCCACCUGGAGGAGUCUGUCAAUGAGCGACUCGAAGACUUUCUGCACCUUAUCAGGUCAAAAUAUGUCUCGACCGACUGGGAAGUCAUACCCAUGGACCUAGCGACGAAGGUGCAGUAUUUCACACUGGAUGUCAUCAGCAGCGUGGGCCUCGGGAAAGAAUUCGGCAUGCUGCGAAGUGAUCGCGACGUGGACAACUACCUUCAAUCGAGCGAGGAGGGCCUAACCAUAGGUCACCACGCCCUCGCUCUUGGCUUCAGCUGGAUCGCGCAAGCCCCGUUCAUCGGCAAAUUCGUUGCACCCUCGCCAAAAGACAACAACGGCUUCGGCAAAAUGAUGGCCGCAUGCUUCCGCCUCGUAGACGAGCGUGCUGCAAGUUCCACCGACAAACGAUCCGAUAUGCUAGCCUCUUUCAUGCGCCACGGUCUGGCAGGAGACGAGCUGCGCACUGAGGCGCUAGAACAGAUUAUCGCAGGUUCCGAUACCACCGCUGGCGCAAUUCGCUGCAUCCUCUUGCAUAUCAUGACAAACCCUCGCGUAUACCUCAAGCUACAGCGCGAAGUCGAUGACGCCGUACGAGAUGGCCUUGCGCCUGGUCGUGGUAAAGGCUUGAUCACUGCUGCCCAAACGAAACAGCUUCCGUAUCUCCAAGCUGUGAUUCGCGAAGCCCUGCGAGUCUGGCCACCCGUCGCGAACAUCUUCUCGCGUGAUGUUCCACCUGGUGGUGAUACUGUCAUCGUUGACGGUGAGAGCGUGUUCCUACCCGGCGGUGUCUGCAUCGGGUAUUCGGCAUAUGGUAUGCAUCACAGCGAGACGAUCUAUGGCAGUGACGCAAAGGCCUUCCGACCCGAGCGUUGGCUCGAGUCUGAUACGGAGAAGCUGAUUGAGAUGACUCGAACCAAUGAUCUCACAUUCGGACACGGGAAGUUCCAGUGUUUGGGGAAGCCGGUGGCUCAAAUCGAGAUUGGAAAGACUGUGUUUGAGCUUUUGCGCAAUUUCGACCUGUCAAUUAUCAACCCGACGCGCCCCUGGGAGACGCGGAAUGUUCUCGGUCUUUUCGCAAUCUCUGAUAUGUGGGUUCAAGUAACGGAGCGAAAAUUUUAACAUCCGUUACAGCUUACUGUUUCCUUGGCUUGGACGAGUCCCCCUUAGGCAAGACCCAUAUCUAUGAUGAACUGGGGGAGUACAUCCGGAAGUUGAGAAGAGACGAAGGCAGAGUCACGCAGUGUAAUUAGCAUGUUUUUAACAUCAGGUAUAUAUUCAGAGAGAAAGGGGCAAUUCAUUGAUUCUGAAGACCAGGGGAAAUCCUUGAUUGGGAGUGAAAGGGAG